GACACAGGCUAUUCUGGGAAACAUGAAUAUAGCACAGCGACCCACAAUGAAAGGGUGGUCGAUAAUUGGUAGAGCUAUUCAUUCAAUUGGAGCUAUUCAAUCGAGAGCCUAUCUUAGUACCGUGUCCCUUUUACCAGGAUUAUACAAGGGUAGCUUAUCCUUUCGUAUAGGCAAAGGUGGCUUCAAGAUUCCAAGAUAUCAAAAUACUUACCGCCUUGAGCCAUACAAAUCUUUCAAGUACGAAACCGUUGACCUAAUAUUGAUCGAUGUGAUGCGAAAUUAUUUAAGUGGUUUGAAAUAUCACCCUGAGACAUGUACGCAAAUCUGUCAGAAAAUGUCGGCAGAAGUACGCGACAGAAUUUGCAGAAAGAAUUACGAUCGAUACAAAGUUGUAAUCGUCAUGUCGAUCGUCCAGAAAUUAGGCCAAGACGUGCACAUCGGUUUUGGCAAAUUAUGGGACGUUCAGAAAGAUACUUACUCGACCCACGUGAUCGAGACUCCGGAAUUCGCUGCGAUGGGCCUUGUCGUGGGUACUUAUUACGAAUGA